AUGUUUGCUCGGCAAUUUCUCGUCUUGAUCGUAUCGCUCUCCGUGGCUCUGGCCCACCCGCUGGCGUUCCAUAAGCAGGCGCGCGAUACUGUGCCUGGAAUCCAGACACGCGAAAUCGCUUCAGAAUUCCAAGCGCUGUUCGACGGAAAUCAGCAGUUCCGUACCUCCAUCGCGUCAUCACAGCAGCCUAAUCUGCUCAAGGUACUAACGGAUGAAGGUCAAGAGCCACCGUUUAUGUUCUUGGGGUGCUCAGAUAGUAGAGUCAGCGAAGGCACGGUCUUCAGCGCCAAGCCUGGAACUCUGUUCAGUCAACGCAACAUUGCGAACCAGUUCCACCACACGGAUGCUAACACCCACUCGGUCUACUCCUAUGCCAUCGCCGAGUUGAAAGUCAAGCACGUCAUAAUAAUGGGCCACUACGGCUGUGGUGGUGUCGCCGCGGCCAUCGCAACACCUCCCAAGGCGCCCAUUGAUGCAGCUAACGGUGCCGUACAAAACUGGAUUGCCCCAAUCCGUGAAAUCUUUGCUACCUCGACGCGACCAGAGAUCGUCGAACUCCGUGAGCGAAUCAAAGGCCAGGAGGAGGUUGAGGAACCAGAGCCUCAAGAGCCCGGUUUCCGUGCGCUCGUUGAGGAGAACGUCAAAGCCGGCGUUCGUGCCAUGGUAGCUGAUAGCGUUCUAUCCAACCACUACGCGGCGCUGGCAGGUAACGGCACAGAGGGCAUCAAGGGGCGCUCCGUUGAGGGCCCCCUCUCCGACGUCUUCGUCCACGGCUUGGUCUACGACAUCGAGAACGGUGAGAUCAGGGAUCUUGGCAUCUCAGUCGGGCCCCCAGGCAAGCCCAUCCCCGAGCUCCCCUUCCCGAAGGUCAACUCGACCGCAUCCGUUGAACCCAUUAAUAACGCCGUCGGCCACGUGGCGACCACAUCGACGACGACAGAGCACUCCGCCCGCGAAGCCUGCAUACAGGGCUGCAAAGCGAAGCGCGGGCUUUUCAGUUCGCAUUGA